CCAUCCUGUCCGUCGCGACCCCGAUGGCCGGCGGUUCUCUGAUCGGCUAUCUCGUCAACGGUCAGUCCAUUGAUUCGUCUUAGACCUAUUCGGUCGCUGACUUCAGCAGGCGGCGGCGGCACCAAGCGCAAAUACCGAUCCCUGCGCCAGCCUCCCUUCUACCCUCCGGUCUGGGUCUUCCCGCCCGUCUGGACCUUCCUGUACGCGACCAUGGGCUACGCCAUACACCAUGCCACCGUCUCCGGCACCGUCCCUUCGCUGGCCAAUCCCUCCGCCACCACCCUGCAGGAUUGGGCCGUCACCUCGCAGUCCCUGUUCACGUCGCAGCUGGUCUUCAACUACCUGUGGAUGCCGCUGUUCUUCUCCCUGCGCAAACCCAGCUACGCGUUGGCGGAUCUCGUCCUGCUGGGCGGCAACGUGGCGGCGCUGAUCGGCAGCUUGUGGAACAAUGAUCGCACGGCGGCUCUGAUGCUGGUGCCGUAUGCGCUGUGGACGGGCUUUGCGGCGUAUUUGAACGUGGGUGUGGGCGUGUUGAACAACUGGACCAUUGAGGAGAAGAAGCGAGGCGAGUAAUUGAGUUGAGAUCCAAUCAACAGGUCCUGCUGUACUCGAUGAUGUGGAUUGGCAAAUUGUCUAUCAACACUUGCGACUCCCCUCCUGCGCCGCCGCCUGACAUCCACUCGCGCAGAGC